AUGCCAAUGAAGAAGUCCAAAGUGAACAGGAAUGAGUAUAAAGGGUUUCACCCUUCUGGUGGUGAAGUUCCACGCAUCAAUUUGGACUCGUACACCAGUGACAAGUUUUACGAUGAUUUUGUAAAGGCUCGGAAACCCGUUGUGAUUGAUGGCGUGAUACCUGAGAUUGACCUAUCAAAAUUCCAACCAGAUUCGAUCCUGGAUCUCCUAGGGGGCGAUGAAUUGCUUCUCGUGGAGAAGAAGGACAAAGGUGGAUACGGCAGUGGCACUGAGAGAUUGAAAAUGACGUUUCAGACGUUCAUUGAUACUCUGAAGAGUGGUGGUGAUGACUACUAUCUGACGACUCAGUACGCGGAGGAUGAUCCAGAAGAAGUACACCGUGCGUUACAGCACAAGCUGGAGUUGGAGGAGAGUGAAGAAGAGGAAGAGGAUGAGCAGGAGGAUGGCGAAGUAGAUACGGACUUGUCGAAAGAUGCAUUCUCGGAUGCUGGAUCCUUCGACCUUAACGAUUUGCACGACGAUUUUGAAGACGACGGCCUUGCCGAGGAAUUCGACGAAGACGAUGGGGAAGAUGCAGGCUCCCUGGUGACUGAUAAGCUCCCUGGCGAACCCCUUUACUCAACGGAAGCGGAGUGCCGUAUCCAGGAGUGUCUGCAGAAGCCACUGACGAAGCUCGCUAACAAGAUCCCCUUACAGCCUUCAAUUAUGGACCGGCUUGUGCCACAGCAGAUCAACUUGUGGGUUGGAAAGUACUCAGCCACCAGUGAUGAAUAUACUCCAGACCCGACCUCAAAGGACUAUGGUCUGGGAAGGCGUAUAUUCGGAGGAGGAGUAUCAUCAGGCCUACACCACGACCACGCCGAUAACAUCUACAUCCCUGCCUGCGGCCAUAAAAGGUUCACAAUCUUUUCACCAUUGGACGCGGACAAGAUGUACACUGUGGGCAACAUCCAGACCGUUUACCCGUCAGGUGUUAUUGAUUACAAGAAUGACGAGAAUGCGCCUGGAUGGAGGACUCUGAGAAGCGACAGUGCCAUAGAAACAGCAGUUGCACAGUGGAAGCUGGACCAAGGGUUAGAAAGCGACAAGCAUCCACUGUUUUUACAGUCAAUUGAGCAAGAGGAGAACGCAUUGAAGGACUUUGAGACCAAAGCCAUUGACUCACAAGGUGUCAAGAAGGAUCCACCUUCAUUCUCAAGAAUUCCUGCGGCUUUGGUGCAUUUGGACAAAGUUGAACCAAAGGAGCUACAGAGACAAUUGACCAAAUUCCUAGAAGAUACAUGGCCAGAAUUCUCAAAGGCUCCAAGGUUGACAAUUGACUUGAAGCCGGGACAGAUGCUGUAUUUGCCAGCUGGCUGGUUCCACGAGGUUACGUCUUUCGGCACACCGGAGAGUAAGGACUUCCACAUUGCAUUGAACUACUGGUUCUCUCCUCCUAAUGACGACGACAACGUAUACACCGAUGAGUACUGGGCCCAGGACUUCCAGAGAACGCGUGCCUCAUUCGAGCAUCUGCUCAAGAAGAAUCACAUGUAA